GGGCUCCUCCUGCGGCGGGGCCGGCCCGGCCUGAGGGGGCGGCCCGGGCGCGUUUGGCGCCAUCGCCGCCAUGGAGCCCGAGCGGCUGCGGCGCCGCCUCAGCUCCGCGUUCCGCCUGCGGGGGCUCGUCCUGCGCCCGGAUGCCCUGAAGUAUCUCACUGAAACUUUCCAGUCCACCAGUGAGGGAGAACUUGAGGAUAUAAUUGAAAAUGUCAUCGAUGCAGUUGAAAAACAGCCUUUGUCAUCCAACAUGAUUGAGCAGCCCUUGGUGGAAGCAGCUGUCCAGGAAUGCAGCCGGGCCCCGGAUGAGGCCAUAGAAAACGUUUUCAACAUUAUUGGAGCCUUUGACAUUCCACGUUAUAUUUAUAAUUCAGAAAGAAAGAAGUUUCUGCCCCUGUCCAUGACUGACCUGCCUAGGCCGAGUUUAUUUGGGACUGCCAAGGACAAGGCAGAGCUGUUCCGGGAGCGCUACUCCAUCCUCCAGCAGAGAACUCACAGACAUGAGCUCUUCACUCCUUCGCCAGUUGAUGCUCAUCCUGAUGAUGGCAAGAGCAAAUUCCAGCUAAAGACAGUAGAAACUCUCUUGGGCAAUCCAGCUAAAGUGGGAGAAGUGAUUGUGCUUGGGAUGAUCACUCAGCUCAAGGAGGGGAAAUUUUUCCUAGAAGACCCCACAGGAGUGGUCCAGCUAGACCUUAGUAAAGCACAGUUCCACAGUGGAUUAUACACCGAGUCCUCCUUUGUUCUGGCAGAAGGUUGGUAUGAAGAUGAAGUUUUUCAUGUGAACGCUUUUGGAUUUCCGCCCACCGAGCCUUCUGCUACCACGAGAGCCUUCUAUGGGAAUAUAAACUUCUUUGGAGGGCCUUCCUCAUCAUCAGUAAAGGCUUCUGCAAAGCUGAAGCAGCUGGAGGAAGAGAAUGAAGAUGCCAUGUUUGUGUUUGUGUCUGAUGUGUGGCUGGACCAAGCAGAGGUGCUGGAAAAACUUCACAUUAUGUUUUCGGGUUAUUCCUCUGCACCUCCCACCUGCUUUUUCUUCUGUGGAAAUUUUUCAUCUGCACCAUAUGGCAAAAAUCAAAUCCAGUCCCUGAAAGGUUCUUUGAAGGCUCUGGCAGAUAUUAUAUGUGAAUAUCCCAGCAUCCAUAAAAGUAGUCGAUUUGUGUUUGUCCCUGGUCCUGAAGAUCCUGGGCCUGGUUCUAUUUUACCAAGACCCCCCCUGGCUGAAAAUAUCACUCAGGAAUUCAGACAGCUGGUGCCAUUUUCAGUUUUCACCACAAAUCCCUGCAGGGUUCAAUACUGCACCCAAGAAAUCAUUAUUUUUCGGGAAGAUUUGGUAAACAAAAUGUGCAGGAACUGUGUCCGUUUCCCAAACAGCACCAUGGACAUUCCCAACCAUUUUGUGAAGACCACUUUAUCCCAGGAGAUAAAUGCUUCAAACCAAGUGUUUGUGGGUUUUGUUUUGUGGUUUUUUUUGUUGUUGUUGCAGUUUGUGAAGACCAUUUUAUCCCAGGGGCACCUGAGCCCGCUGCCGCUGUACGUCAGCCCCGUGUUCUGGGCCUACGAUUAUUCCCUGCGGGUUUAUCCCCUGCCAGACCUGCUGGUCACUGCUGACAAACACGACCCCUUCACUGUCACCAGCAGCGACUGCCUCUGCAUCAACCCUGUAAGAGCCCCCAGCACUCCCAUCCCACCUUCCUCACUCCCUGCACUGGCAUUUGCCUCACACAAAUGUGGAUUUUUUUUCCCCCCUUUUCCUUCACAGGGUUCGUUUCCCAGAAGUGGAUUUUCCUUCAAGGUGUUUUACCCCUCCAACAAGACAGUUGAAGACAGCAAGCUUCAAGGACUCUGAAUUUCUGUGGCACUGAAAAAAAGGCAGUGAACCCAUGGGAAGCCAAGUGUAUUUUUUUUUACAUGCCUAAGUUUUGUGAUGUAUUAUGUACUUUUUCAAAACUGAUUUGUUUUGUACACAAAUAAACUUUUACAGGAAAAGA